CAAUAUGGCAUGUUCAAAGUUAUUUUCAGGAGAUUUACCAGAGUUAAUAAACGAAAUUAUUCAAUAUUUUCAUUAUGAUUAUAAAACACUACAUUCAUGUAUAUUUGUUAAUAGAUUAUGGUGUCGUUUAGCAAUCCCAUUAUUAUGGGAAGAUCCAUUUUCAAUUAAAUUUCCUAAAAAUUAUUACUUUAUUGAAAUUUAUUUGAAUAAUUUGAAUGAUGAUGAUAAAGUAAAAUUAAAUGAAUAUAUAAUUCAUAAUGAAUUGUUUCCUUUAAACACAUUAUUUAAUUAUCCUAGAUUUAUUAAACAUUUAGAUGCAUAUAAAGUUAGUAAUUCUAUCGAAAAAUGGGUUAAAACUAUUAUGAAUUCAACAAUUAAAGAGCAACAUUCAAACUAUUCUAUAACAAAUGCAAAUUUAUCACUUUCACAAAUUAUAAAAUUAAUUUUUUGGUCAUUAAUUCUAUUAUUCAUUAAAAAUGAAGCCAAUUUGCAUAGUUUUAAAGUUACAACAUGUAUUGGAUAUAGUAAUGAGAUUAUUGAAUUAAUCUUACAAAAUCGUAAUUUCAUUUAUAAUAUUAAAAAUUUAGCACUUAAACUUGAUAAAGCAAAUGAUAACAUAAUAAAAUUUUUAGAAUUUCUCUGUUCUAAUUGUAAUUCAAUUUCAUCCCUUUAUUUUCCACUUCCUUCAUAUAAUAAUUAUCCAAUAAUUGAAAAAUAUUUAUCACAAAUAAUUAAAUCUCAAGAAAAUCUUAAAAAGAUUUCAUUUGGUUAUGGUUAUGGAUGCUCCUUAUAUCAUCCUUUAUUAUCUUUAAAUAAUCUUAAUUGUUCAAAUACAUUAAAUACAAUUAUAUUUUAUUAUAUUAAUUUUAAAAAUAUAAAUGUAUUAAGUGAAGUAUUUAAUCAAUUAAAUGUUUUAGAAUCAAUUCAUAUUGUUUAUUGUUAUCAUCUAGAUUCUAAAUUUAUUCAACAAAUUAAUAAUAUUAUUAAACCAUUUAAAUUGAAAUCUUUAUUUUUGGAUGGAGUGAAUUAUGAAUUAUUAGAACCAUUAAUGCAAAAGUCUGGUAAUUAUUUAGAAAGUUUUGGAUUUUAUCACGAUGGAUCACAAAAAUUAUUACAAUUAAUUAUUAAGUAUUGUAACAAAAUUAAAUUUUUAUUUCCUAUUUGGACGAAUAAUCAGUUUAUUUAUUUAUUAUUCAAUAUAAUUGAAAAUAUUAAACAAAAUCUUAAUUAUCUUUCAAUUGAUCAUCGCGGUCAUAAUACUAGUUCAACUAUAUUACAAAAUUUAGGACAAAUUCUUCCUUUUAAAUUAGAAUAUUUGAAUUUAUGUCUUAAUUUGAUUAAUACAAAUGAUUUGAGAUUCUUUUUAAAAAAUUCUCAAAAUAUUUUUAUUAAAAAAUUAUUAAUUAAAAAUACAAUGAAUGAAAAUUGUCAAAAUAAUAUUUUUCCAUAUAUAAAAGAAUAUAUUAUGAAAAAGAAACGAAUUAAGUAUUUAGCUAUUAGAGAAAUUCUUUGUAGUAAAAGUGAAGACUUAUUUUUUUCGAAAGAUAAAGUAAAGGAAUUUGAAUUAUAUGGUAUUCAAGUUUUAAAUUAUGAUGAUUUUGUUAUUGAUAUUUAUAGUUUUAUAAUAGAAACUUAUUAG